UAAAUUUCAGGCAUUCUGAUCCUAGUUGAAAGAUUUAUUACAAAAAAUUUCAAUCUUCAUUCUAUUCAUACUCAUCAUAUGUUGCAUAUUCUAUAAAUUCCCAAGCUAUGCUUCCAAAUCAUAGAAAUUUGGAUGACAAUGUGCAGCCUUCUACCAAACCUGCUCCUUCUCUUGCCAUCAUUGGCAUCAGCAAGCCAGGUUCCACUGGAACCCAAGACUCCUCUACUGAAUCUGGACAACAAGCCUCACAUCAUCAAUUGCAACAACUCUCCACAAGAGCUUCAGGAGUGUGUAAAUCUCGAGUUGCAACAGCUUUACCAAACUCCGGCUGUGAACUUGGCCAAACAAGCUCUAAUAAAACAGGAGAUAGCACUCAGGAUCUUUUUAAAAUCAUUGAAGAAGACAAAGUUGCAAGGAGGGCUGCACAAGUAUCGAGCUCAAAGGGAGAGCAGAAAGAAAGCACGAUUUACAAUACUCAUGGAGGUGUGUGCAGGUGCGCUAGCUGUCCUAGUGGCAAUAUUAAUGAUGGAAGUGAUGCUCAUGGAGGUGCUGAUGGUGGACCAGCUUUUUUAGGUAUGGUUGGAAGUCACUAUUCAGUUUCAAAUUGUGAAAGAGAUGAGGAACAGAAUUUUUCAUCUUGUACCAUUGUGUCAUUACCUCCAUUGUCCAAUACUACAAACCUAUCAUCUGAAGGAUUGUGUUCUAAAAUUAGUAAUUCCCUAAGUUCUCAUUCUGGUCAUCCUAGCUCAAGUUGCAUUCCAAGCAGUUCAAAUUACUGUAGUUCUGAAGCUAAGAAAAUUAAUGUUAACAUAGAUUUGAAGACCAAUGAUACUAAUGAUUUCAAAUUGAACACCCCUGUGGCAUCCUCCUUUAUUACUAAUUCUACUGGUCAAGCUCUCUCUGGCAGUUCUACAAGAUCAAACUUGUUGGAGAGUAAUCCUUCUAUCAACAUGCCUGAAACAAGCCCAUUAGAAAAUACAUUUGGGAUUGACACCUCAUGUGGGACAGUUACAGAUGGCUCAAGUAAUCCUCCUCGUACAUCAACCCUUGUCCAGCCACUAAUAUCUAGGCAGAAUGGUCCACGCACAUCAGAGCAAGGCACCAGUACUGACUUUCCUGAAGAAGCCACCUUCCAAAGUCCACCUUCUGUAGCAGGCAGCAGAUUAAAUGAUGUGAAUCAAGGCUCUCAACAUGCAGCAACACAGCAGCCUGCAACUCCAGCACCUAAUGGCAAUGCUUUUCCCAAUGCUCGUGUGACUGUUCCUCCAAACUUGAAUCAGCUGCGAGGCAGAAUGUUCCAAUUACUCUUCCUAAGAGCAUCAAUUGCCUAUGCUCGUUCAACCACUCCUUUCAUCCGGAGGCUAUUAGAGUUUGUUCUUCUUGCCAAGAGUUUGGGAUGCCUCUUCCUCCUGAUCCUGGUCCAUGUUUACCUAUGUAACCAGUCCCCUGCAUGCCUCCCACCGGACACUCUGUGGGAUAAGACUGGCAUACUGCGUGUGGAGGUCAUUUCUAAUCCUGAUCCUUCCUACACACUUGAGCACAGCUACCAGAAAGAAGAACUUCUUCAUCGCAGGUACACCACGGAAGGCGGCUCAGUAAUUUUUACUGCAAUGGAAGACCUCAACAAAGUUUCUGACGCUGUGCUGCUUGAUGAUGCUGCGAUGCCUGACUGGAUGGUGCAGUCAACUUCCAAAACGUACACCGAGAGCGAUAGCACUGGAGAAGACGAGGCGCCGGAGCGAGAGACGCUGAGCUGGUCAGAGCAAAUGUCGGUGUCCGUGAAGGAGCUGAGUGGACCUUACGUGUCGCCCAUCACCAUCGGUCUCCUCAGUCUUUUUUACGACGUUCCGCUGUCGAGAGCUUUCUCGCAUGCGAGUGGCGUCGCCCCUGAAACUGAGGAAGAACCCGCCUCGUGCCCCGCCAUCCAGCGCCGUAAUCCCUUCCUGCCCCCCACCACCACCUGCCCCGCUACUCCUGGCUCGAAGACAUCCAAUGACGAUGUUUAUAUCUACAUCCCGGACGACGCGUUCAUCAUGGAAUAUGCGCUGGACUACGGACUCCUGCGUCUGUCAGGGUCCACAAGACGCCGGUUAGGUGCUCCUGUCACGCUAGUGGUGCUCGACCCCGAGACCAACCCCUGCUUUGGCGACAAGUUCUCCACCUUCCUUCUCUCCAACCUCGUUGGUUAUGACGAACUUCUACUCGCUGCCGUUAAAAAUCUUGCAGAGAACGAUGGAGGAAAGGGGUACCUCAGGAACGUGGUGACAGGCGAGCACUACCGCUUCGUGUCAACGUGGCUGGGUGGUACGAACUACUUGGGUGCUGGGCUUGUGAUGCUCGUGUUCACGCUGUCUGAGUCGCUGCUGCUGCGGUACUCCCACCACCAGAUCUUCCUUUUCAUCGCCCAUCUCUUCCAAAUGACGGAGAUCAACACUGCUGCCAUGGCCACAUUUCCUGCAGCUCCUAUGCUCACCGUUAUAUUGGCUCUUGUGGGGAUGGAAGCGAUCAUGUCUGAGUUCUUCAAGGACACCACGACGUCAUUCUACAUCAUCGUGAUCGUGUGGGUGUGUGACCAGUACGAGACUCUCUGCUGCAACCAACCCGUCACUCGCAAACAUUGGCUGCGCUUCUUCUACCUUUACCAUUUCGCUUUCUAUGCGUACCACUACAGGUUCAAUGGACAGUAUUCGUGGCUGGCGCUCAUGACGUCAUGGUUCUUCUUGCAGCACUCGAUGCUGUACUUCUACCACCACUACGAACUGCCAGCAAUGCUGCGAUCAAGACCUCGCCCUCAGGUGGUCAGCACCAUCUUGAGACGUGGUCCUGGUGAUGGUAAUGCUGCAGGUCGUGGCAACGCUGGCACCUCUACUGGUAAUGCCGGCACCUCUACUGGCAAUGCCGGCACCUCUACUGGCAAUGCCGGCACCUCUACUGGCAAUGCCGACACCUCUACUGGCACUGCCGGCACCUCUACUGGCAAUGCCGGCACCUCUACUGGCAAUGCCGGCACCUCUACUGGCAAUGCCGGCACCUCUACUGGCAAUGCCGGCACUUCUACUGGCAAAGCACCACCACUGCUGGCAACGCCGGCACCAGCACUGCUGACACUGCCGCUGCUGCCCCCGGUAGCGUUAACAAUCCUGGUUUCAAUUCUGCCCAAUCUGUCGUCAACAAUUCCGCUUAUCAAAACGUGA